CAGCGUCCUUCGCGGCUCAGACUGAGGACGAGGAAGCGCUCAUCAAAGAGCUGCAAGCGAGAAUCAAUACGAUGAAGAAUCGCAAAGAGGCUGCUAUACAGCGGAAGAAACUGGCUACGACCCCCGUCAAGAAGCAACCCGCCUUUAGUGGGAAGACGCCUGUUCGCGCCAAGGAUGAGGACGAGAACAGCUUCUGGAGCACGCCAUCUGUGGCUCAGCAAUCCAGCCUUGCGCAGGAAGAGGCGGAUAUGCUCCUCAAUGAGAGCUUCGGGGAGCUCGGCGACGCUAGCUUCGCAGCGAGUCCAAUCAAGCCCUCACGGCAGCCUCUCGGGAAGCGCCUGCGCCAGGACGAGCCCCCAGCAAUUUCACGUCGCCCUAUACAUCGCGAGGACGAACCCAUCAAGCCGCGAGCGGAAUCAGCUGACGAACCCCGCUCGCCCUCGCCCCCGUCUCCCGGCGGAGAGGACGAACGGGGCAACGAGCCGGAGAGUUCAGCGCAAGCCCCGGGAGAUGCCUCCGUAUCAGAAGACCAGGAUACCAUCAUUAUCUCGAAGCCCGCUCCGCCGCCGUCACCCCCAAAGCCUACCACACCGCCGCCGAACCCUGCCCUUGCGCCGCAGACGCCGGGCACAGCGAAACGGCUGAAGGUUCGGGUGAAUGCGGAUGUCGAGCGUAUUGUGGUCAAGGUUUGGCAGACCGUUGGCGACAUAAUCAUGCCCAAUCAUCCGUACCACACUGGGCCCGGUUCUACUGGCAAAGAGAAGUUGCCGAGCGCGAAGGACACCAUCGCCCACCUUCGCGACAUCGCCUCGCUCUCAACCGUGACUCCGUCGUCACCCUCCGCGUCAAGCGUGUCCACGCUUGCCACAGCUCCCUCCGGCUCGGCAACCCCUCAGCAAAUCUUCACCGCACACCUCUUACUUGAACUCCUCGCUGCCGCGCCGAGCUUCACGUUACCAUUGAAUCGUGCCAAGGAGCUCCUCGCCGACAAAGCGCGCGAAGACGGCGGCAGUGCCCUCGGCUCGCAGAGCAACAGCGUCGUGUACAAGUGCGUGGCCAAGCGCCUGGUGAAGAUUGUGCGUAGCGGGCGUGAGCAGAUUGUAGCCUUCGACGUUUAGACGGACGUGCUUGUCGUAUGUUUUUCAUGGAUCAUGAUAUUUGUGGUGCGAA